AUGGCGGGAUUGGCAGAAAAGAUGCUCGAGUAUGUACUGGAGACAAGAGUUGAUGCGCAGGAGGACGGAGCUGAGCUGGACGUGUUUCUCGAGGAUCUCGUGCUUACACAUAUCAUUUAUUUACCCACCAAUACUCUCUGCAAUUACCUCAAACACUACUAUUCGAGAGCGGCUGAG